AUGGGCAAGCUCAACUUCGAUGUCGACGAGGAGACGCUACUGAAGACGUACAAACUCUCGUCCUUGAACCCUAGGAAAUGGGAAGAAGUUGAUCGUGAACUGGACGAUGCCGCCGUCAUGAGCCCGGCUGGCGGCGAGUCAGAAGUCGCAGAUCCGUUAGGCUUGGGUGCGGUCAUCGACCUGAAGUCCAUGGACACGCAAACCAAGGCCGCGACCUUGAUCUCCUCAAAAUCAUUUGACCCGAAACAAUUCCUCUCCGUCAUACACCCUGACGCAAGCUACCAAGACCUCUCAUCCGGUAUCCAGCAUCUCAAACGCACCAUUGACGCUCGCUCAGAAGCCAUUCGCGUCCUCGUCGAAGACAACUUCGAUCGUUUCGUCGCCGUGAAAGCAUCCACUGAUGCUCUGUAUGCUGAGAUGAAGGAAGGGCCUUUGAAAGAGGAUGCAGAGUUCGGGUCCAAACAACUUCGCGAAGAGCUGAAACAUGCUGCGACAAAGGCGAAUCAAGUCUUCAUCCCUGUACUCGAGAACGCGUCCAAAGCGCAGAAGCUGCGCACAACGCUGGGCGUUUUCGAGCGAUCGAAGUUCUUCUUCAACCUUCCCGGCUCCUUGGUCGAGCUGAUUGCGAUGGGUAAAUACGACGCUGCGCUGCGAGACUACAAGAAGGGCAAAUUCAUGUUGGAGUCACGUCCUGGCCAACUGCUUCCGAUCGGCGCCAAGAAGGAUGGUCAAAACAAAGCUUCUGCGGAGCAGCAGCAGAAGCGCAUCCUAGACAAAGUCUGGGGUGCUGUCGAAAAGCCCAUGAGCGAAAUGCGCUCCAUGCUUUACGCCAAACUACGGGAUCCUAAACGCAGUGUCGAGGAACAGGAGAAGACCAUAGAGAUACUCCUCGAACUCGAAACCGCGGAGGACCCGGCUUGGACAUACUUGGACAGCCAACACCAGCACAUAUUGGAGAAAAUGAAUAGGGCCUACCGUGUCUCCACUGCAACGGUGGAAUCGGUGAAAGAUAAAACAUCACCAAAUAUCAGUGGGCCCGAUAUCCUUAGCUCGCUUUUGUCCGCACAACUCUCGCAAUGCCUCAGCGCAUCAGAGACCAAGCAGGCCGAAACUGUUAUCGCACAAUCCGGGGGGCACGAGGUGUGGACGGCGAUCAUCGACUUGAUCAAGAGCGUCUCCGAGGCGAUGCUCUCCGCGUUCCCCAACUUUUGGCGAAUUUCAAGAGGUUUCCUCGACGGCAAGUUGAAGAAGUCCUCUGGGUCGACAUCGCGGCGCAGCCCAAACCAAGUACGGACCAUGGCGCUCGACAUCGUCAAGCUCUACAUCUCGCUCCUCUCUGAAGCCUUCGUGUUGACGGACAUGCGCUCUGCGGGCAGUAGCGUCACGCCGCUGCUCCUACCCAAACACUCGAACGUGAUCACGACGGGCCAUUACCUGAUGAAGGCGCUUGCAGAAAUACAAGACACUGUCAACGAGGUGCUGGGAAUGGAGCUAGGAAACGAAGCGAGCUCGGUGUUAAAGAAUCUGCUGGAGAGCGCGCGAUGGAAAUUCGAGGACGUGCUUGUGCAGGCGUGGCAACGAGACGCGAACAUCUUCUACCACUUAGAAACAUGGACGGCAAACUCGUCUGAACCUUCGACGACGCUCUACCUCAACCAGAUUCAGCUUUUCCAGCGCCAAAUCACCACAUCCGCGUUCAAGCUUGCCGGUGCGGUGGACCUGACGUCCUCGUCGUCGAGGGGGCCCGCGAAGCAAUACCCUGUCGCGCAAGAGUUCGUCGUCAAGAUUACGAAGGCGUUCUUGGACUCGAUGUACGCGUUCUUGGACGGACUCGUGCACCUGGCCUCGGACGAGUCACCCGCAGUAGGCGUGGCUUCUACUUCAGGGAAGACACAAACGAUGGGAAGAGGUAGUGCUGUGCUUGGGGGGACGAAUCCGUUGGAGCUAUUGGAUCUGUCUGACGCGAACACACGUUUACUCUUAGUGAUUUCCAAUUUUGAAUAUCUCUCGCGCGUCAUGAUACCCAGCAUGGUGAACGAACUCGAAACCGGAGUAGGCAUCACCAUGACCAACGAUAAAGAGACUUUGAUGACUGUUGUACAAGAGCUCGACAAGACGCUUUUCGACAGCUAUGUCAAACCCAAAGCAGCGAUCGUAAUGGGCCUCGUGCGCAGCGGAAUUCUCGACAGCGACAUGGACUGGUACGAAACUCCUCAACCAACCGAAAUCCGACCGUACAUGUACGAAACCCUCAUGUAUCUUGUUAGCGUACACGCGCAAGUCAGCAGCACAGCGCCUCCGCAGCUCGAGCGUAUCAUCAACGCCCUCGUCGAGGACAUGGCGGACGAGGCAUUAAUGUGCUUCAAGCAAGUCAAGCGGUUCGGCAUGGGCGGGAUGCUUCGGGCAACACUCGAGAUCGAGUUCCUGCAUCAAACCGUCUCGCGCUUCGUGACGCCUUCCGCGGCCAAGACGCUCUCCGAGAUCUACAACAAGAUCUCGCAGACAUACUCGCGCCGUCCAGGCGACGAGAACUUGCAGGUACACCUUGAUGGCGUGAAACGGACGCUGGCCGAAACCCGACGCGCGACGGCAGUCGAGUUUCUGUGCUUCAGGCAGAACAAGUCGAGCUCGAGCAAGGAGAGCAGGAAGGAGCGGGACAGGGACAGGGAGAAAGCGAGGGACAGGGACAAACUGGCUCCACCGAGACUGAAGGAACGCGAUCGGACGAUCAGCAGCCGGAGUACAGGGUCCAAGACGAGCGAAGCCGGACGGUUCUGAUGCCGUUGUUGUAUUGCUGAUUGCGGAUGGGAAGCAAGUGUUGGGCGGAUUGUUGUAUAUACAUUGACACUCUGGAAAUCAUGUAAUAUUGUACACGGAUACGGCCUAUCCAUGGUCACUUGGUUUUCCGAUAGUGACCGUUACGCGUAACGUCGAGGUAGGGUAUAUAUAUGCAAACACUCGUGCCGACUCAUGCAAAGAGAUCGACCAAUAUAGUGAUGAUUCCGAGAAGAAUUUCUACGGCGAUCAGGACGAUGACAAUUUGCUCAAGCCUUUCGGAGUGCCGCGAGGACACCGAUUCCUUCAGCAGCUGGAGCAUGUCUUGCAACACUUCCACACGGGAGUUGAGCAGAUUGAUCCGUUGUGGGAUCUCGAGGUACGAGCGGGCAGCAUCAUAAAGUGGUUGAAGAUCAGGGUAACUCCAAAAAACUUCAGGAGAGUCGAGGACGGAUCCGACGGAGUUGAUAUUCGUCCGCAGGAGGAAUAACUCACCAAUAUUCCUCAUUAUUUCUCUGUGUGGCAUCCUAAUCUUGCCGGCCUCCGAAAUUUGGUCGGGUAUGUCUUUUGUCUCUUCAAUUGUCGACGAGAUGAGCGCCUCAAACAGAGAUAUUUUGACUGAUUGAGAUAACGCAUGUGACAGGGAUAGUUUGGUCAUAUAUGACGAUCCUUUCCGGAGCGUGAUCACGUCGUUGUAUAUCCGUGAAUAAUUCGCAUAAUAAUAAUUCAAAUCUUCCAUUUCAAUAUCGUCUGGAGCGAGUCUCUCGACUUCGAAUCUCUUGAUCGACGACAGGAAUCGCUUCUCCUGGACCUCAGUCAUGCCCCAGAUGACCACCGUACCGUACUUGAAAAUGAAGAUUUCGGCUUCGGUGGGCUUGACAGUGAACUUCGAGCUCCGCGCUCGCCUGCGUUUUCCUUUCAAGCCUCCAUUAGACGCGGUGGCAACAUCGGUGGCGCUAGCCCCGACAUCGAUCUCGCUGGGAUGUGUCUUGCCGUUGGUCUCCCCUGGCUCGCGCUCCGACGCGGCUUCCUCAUCCCGCAGUUCAGGGAUGCCGAGGAGAUCGCCGGUCUGCACCCCACCAUCGCUAGAGUACUUGGCUGAACGCCGAGGAGGAGGCGGAUUGGAUUGCUCGCUUGAGGAUUGUGGAGGACUGGGAUCAUAGACGUAGGGCGUGUAGAUUACUUCGUCUAUAAUCCGGGGGGCAGUGUGAUAAGCUGCCUGACGGGCGUGGAAGAACUUCAUCAGGUCGUGGAAGCGGUAAGAUGUGCAGGUCGCAUAUGCGGUGACACGCGGCAGGGACUUGGCUUUUUUCUUCGUGAGACGAAGUGCGUCUCGCCGAGCGGUGCCCUCAGGUAUCAUCGCAAUCUGGUUAUACACCUCGGCUUCGGGCUCCUCGCUCAUCUCAUCCCCCAUCUCCUCGUCAUCUUCAUCGUCCUCGCUCUCAUCUUCCUUCCCAUUUUCACCGCGUCUUGGUGGUGCACUCUCCGGUCCAGGUGGGAUAUGGACCACAGCGGGCUGUUGCGGGGCCGUCCCGGUCCCCGCCGCUACCACGCUACCUGACGGCGUCGGUUGAUCGGGCAGCACCUUCAGUUUCCCUGCGACCUUCGUGCUACGGUUCGCGCCGCGAGCCUUGGGUUCCGUCAAGAACAAACCAGUGCUAUUCGCGCGCUCCGGUUUUUUCUUGCCGUCCAUGGUGAGGUCUAUGGCUGAUCGGCGUGUUACGGUGCCG